AUGCUGAAGUUUCGCGAGCGACUGUCGAAGAAUUGUCUUCCUGCGUUUAACCUGGAGCUUGUGUAUCAAUGCGCGGAACGCGCGCUUGAGGAAGAGCUCAACGAGACUUGUAGCGCUGCCAAAUGCGUGCCUAUGAGUGGUAUCAGUGAAAGGAUUUUUGUUGGUACAUGGCGCGAUGCCGCAGAUGAAAAGUUACUGCGUCAGAUGUGUAUUACACACACGCUGAACGUCGCACGCGAGUUGGUGGACACAGAGGAGAUGCAUCGUGUCGAGUCUGUACCAUUUGUUACGAGCAAGUCCAUCCCACUGAGUGAUUCUCUCGAUGAAGAUAUUGUACAUCACUUUGAGGACGCCUUCGAAUUUAUUCGGGGCGCAACUCGCAAUGGCCGUAUUUUAGUUUACUGCCGCCGCGGCAUGUCCAGAAGUGCCGCUAUCGUAGUGGCGUACUUAAUGGAGUCGGAGGGGAUGUCGUUUUGUGAUGCGCACAAUGAUGUGAAGGAUAAGCGGCCAUGCAUUUCCCUUAACCUGGCUUUCUUGCAGCGGCUACAGGAAUAUGAGGAACACUUGGAAAAGGUUAGGGCGGCAGCUCGCACCAACUGA